UGGGAUGCAGCAUUAAGCACUGUUUCUCAAGCUUGCAAUCUAAUUAGGGGUGAGAAGUAUACCUGAUUUCUGCAGUCGCCUCGACAAGAUCUUACGCUGCUAUAUUGGUGACACGGGAUUACCUAGCUCCUUUGGAUGGUAGAUCUUGGUCGAAUACAGAAAGAACUAAAGGAGAUCGACCGCGAUAGGACGUCAGGCGUGACUGUGCAGCUCACUGGCAGCAACCUGCAGAGGCUCACUGGUUUCGUUGAGGGCCCCAGGGACACGGCCUAUGAGGGCGGGUACUUUGUGGUCGACAUCCAACUAGAUGACCAGUACCCCUUUGUGCCGCCCAAGAUGCGGUUCAGAAGCAAGGUGUGGCACCCCAACGUGAGCAGCGCCAAUGGGGCGAUCUGUUUGGACAUUCUGAAGGACCAGUGGAGCCCAGCGCUGACCCUCAAGACUGCGCUGCUCUCCCUGCAGGCCCUGCUGUCCUCACCGCAGCCAGAUGACCCCCAGGAUGCAGUGGUGGCCCGGCAGUACCUGACAGACAACGCCACAUUCCAACGGACUGCUCGCAUGUGGACAGAGAACUUUGCGCACAGGUCACAGGCGGCGACAGAGGAUGAGAAAGUGCUUCGGCUGGCUGACAUGGGGUUUACUAAGGAGGCUGCCAGCGUGGCGCUGCAGAGCGCGCAUGGGGAUGAGAACGCUGCGCUAGAACUGCUCCUGACUGCUGUAUAGCAUGAAAAUUCUGAUGGUGCCUGCCUCCUUAGAGAAAGAGGAAUCCAGACAUCAAAGAUCCCUCUUUGUAUCAACAAUGCCAAAGAUGCUGACUGGCAGUCACAAUCUGAGGGGUGUUUAUUAGGCAGAGCUCACAUGUGACAUUUUUGGAAGUUGUGCCAGGCAAUGUUGCAACUGUCCAUGGAAUGGAGACAGAAAAUAACAAGCAUUGCUACAUGCUGAUGUUGACGUCAACAAAGUGAUCAAACUAUUUUGGCAGGGCUCAGCGUGCGACAGUCAAAUCUAGAGAAAUUUUUAAUGAGCACAAUUUGG